UGCAUUCACUGCUGCAGAAGAGCUCGAGCUGCUCCGGAUUCACACAUGCAACAUGCAGAGCGUCGUGAUCAUAUGGGCGCUGCUUUUGUGCCUGGCUUCUUCAGGGAAUGCGGGGAAAAAGGUUUUUAAAUGUCCUUCCUCGUGCAGCUGCUCCAAGGAGUCUAUUAUCUGCGUCGGGUCUUCGUAUGUCCCCAGAUUCAUUCCCAACGAUGUCAGUUCACUGAGUAUUGUGAAUGGGACCUUCUCUGAGAUCAGGGAGGCGAUGUUUGCACACAUGCAAUCGUUACAGUUACUGUUGCUGAACUCCAAUGCUCUCACUACAAUACGGGACGAUUCAUUUUCUGGCCUUCCGCACCUGGAGUACCUGUUUAUAGAAAACAACAAGAUUGAAACAACAUCAAAAUACUCUUUCAGAGGACUUAGGGAUUUGACUCAUCUGUCUUUGGCACACAACAACAUUAAAGCUUUGCCCAGAGAUCUAUUCAUUGAUCUGGACUCAUUGAUAGAGCUAGACCUGAGGGGCAACGUCUUUGAGUGUGACUGCCGAGCGAAGUGGCUGAUGAUGUGGCUGAAGAGCACAAACGCCACUGUAUCAGACGUCUUCUGCGCCAGUCCUGAGGAGAUGAAGGGCAAGCGGCUCAAUGACAUGGCGAGCUUGCAUAACGAAUGCAUCUCUACAGAUUUCGUUCCUCUCCACUCUGUGUCUACUGAGUCUUUGUCUGUGGACACGUUCUCCCACAAGAACGACGUGUACGUGGCCAUCGCUGCUCCCAACAUAGAGAGCUGCAUGGUGCUCCAAUGGGACCACAUCGAGAUGAACUUCAGGAGUUACGACAACAUCACAGGUCAGUCCAUAGUUGGCUGCAAGUCUGUGAUCAUCCAGAACCAGGUGUUUGUCAUCGUUGCACAACUCUUUGGUGGUUCCCACAUCUACAAGUUUGAUGAAGACCAAAGCAAGUUCACAAAGUUCCAGGACAUUGAGGUUUCCAAGAUUUCCAAGCCGAAUGACAUCGAGGCAUUUCAGAUCGGCAACGACUGGUUCUUCAUCAUCGCCGACAGCUCGAAGGCUGGACUUUCUACUCUCUACAAGUGGAACGACAAGGGCUUCUACUCCUACCAGUCACUUCACGAAUGGUUUCGUGAUACCGAUGCAGAGUUUGUGAAUUUGGACAGUAAGGCCCAUCUUAUCCUAGCGAGCCGUUCCCAAGUACCGGUCAUCUACCAGUGGAGCAGGAGCACUCAGAAGUUUGCCUUGCAAGGAGAGAUCCCAAACAUGGAAGAUGUAGUCGCUGUCAAGGCCUUCUGGAUCAAGGAGGAUCUUUAUCUGGCCAUGACCCGAUACAUCGGCGACUCCAAAGUCUUGCAUUGGACUGCCAAGGAGUUCUCCGAGGUCCAGGCCCUUCCUUCGAGAGGCUCCAUGAUCCUGCAGCCAUUUUCCUUCAAAGAAAGGUACUACCUGGCUCUGGGAAGCGACUACACCUUCUCGCAGAUCUAUCUGUGGGAUGCAGAGGAGAAGGUUUUUGAGCGUUUCAAGGAAGUCUACAUCCAGGCUCCACGUUCCUUCACUGUGGUCUCCACUGACCGGAGGGACUUCGUGUUUGCCUCCAGUUUUAAGGGCAGCACACAGAUCUUUGAGCAUAUCAUCAUUGAUCUGAGUCUUUGAGUGCUGUUGUGGACACAGUCACAGUUAAGGCACGUCAGCAACCCUUCCUUUAGCAGUUGGACGUUUUUCUGGGAAGGCAAUUAGUGGGUUUUAAGACAAGAAAGGUCUGGGAAGCAUAAUCAGGUUCACAGUAAUAAGUAUUACAUCAUGCAUCUGUGUAGUUUUACAUAGAUUCUGGGAGGGUUUUGACAUGUUUUGUUGUACUACUGUAUAUUAUUAUUGUUAUAUAUAACAUUUCCUCAGCCCUGCUGAAUCAGAAGACAUUUCUGCCAAAGGUACGGUGCAUGGACUGUGGAAAAGAGUUGCACUUGUCACCUGUAACUACCUAAAUCACUCUACAUAAUGAUAUAUACUGUAACUCUGAGAGCCUUUCAAAACUAUGUAUGCAAGAGCUGAUACCAUGCAUGACGUGGCUGCAAAAAAUACAAAUAUAUAAUUUUCAGAGCAGGCAUGCAGAUCAAGUAGUGAUACAGGUGACAAAUGCAGUUCAAUUAUCUUUAGAGACAUUUUUACCUCAUUGCUCAAUAUUUAUUUAAAUCAUGUCUCUCUUUUGGUCAGUGGACUAAGUUGUAAUGUCAAGUAAUUAGUCCAUCAAAAUUAAUCUAAUAUUUAUCAGGAUCUGUUCAGAGUG